AUGCGAACCACAAUUUCCCUCACCGCAGCCAUGCUCGCCGUUGCAUUCGGCACCACCACCGCGGCCCCGCACCAAACCCCUUUCACCCUCCUUCACAACAACACCCUCGACGAGCCCUGUCUCUCCUGCACCACCACUCCCACAUGCUCACGCGAUCCCUGCUCAACAAACACCCCAGGCGGAUUACUCCUCCUCACCCAAUUCUGGGACUACUCCCCACCCAUCGGCCCCUCCAACUCAUGGACAAUCCACGGUCUAUGGCCAGACACCUGCACCGGAGGUUACGAUUCCGAUUGCGACCCUUCCCGAAACUCUGCAAACAUCGCCUCAGUCCUCCAAUCCUCCUCUAACCCUAAAGCUGCAUCCGCCCUCGACACUAUGAACCAAUACUGGUUGGCUCUCAACGGCAACGACGGGCAGUUCUGGAGCCAUGAGUGGAACAAACACGGCACAUGCGUCUCCACCCUCGCCCCUCAAUGCUAUAACGAUGAAUUGAAGGGACAGAGUUAUGAGAAGGGAGAAGACAUUGUAGACUUCUUUACGACGACAGUGGAUCUUUGGGAGAAGUACAACGUGUUUGAAGCCCUCAAGGAGGCCGGAAUUGAACCGAGUGGAACAAAGAGAUAUAGUUUGGAUGAAUUGCAUAAAGCAACAAGUGACAAGUGGGGGAAGGAAGCUACGUUCAAGUGUCGAAAUGGAGCACUGAAUGAGGCGUGGGUAUACUUCCAUACAAGGGCAAGAUCGACGAAUGCAGAGGCUUUUGUUCAGGUUGAACCUUUGAGUGGGAAUAAUGGAUGUCCUAGCCAAGGGAUCAGGUAUCUACCCAAGUAA